ACAAGACAAGUGUGAUUCUACCUUCAAGAAAAAUAUACACUGUGACUCUGCCUCCUGAAGGUUAUGUACCAGUUGCUACUAAUGAAAACAGUAAAGGAUCUUCUGGAAGUGGUGCUGAGGACAGUAAUACUGGUGCUCCAGGAGCCAUGGCAGUGCAGUGGUUAGAAUGCAGUAUUGCAUGCAGACUCUGCCCAACAGCCAGGAGUUUGAUCUCUGUCUUCCAUCCUUCCAAGUUCGGCAGAAUGAGGGUGAAAAUAGAAGUUAACGAAAACAUGGGUGGCUGCCAAAAUCUGCCUCCCUGCUGUGUGUUCUGGCAGCAACCACUACUGCCUGGGAUAAGAAAAGAGGAGAAUGAUAAAGGACAACUUCCAAGAAAGCGGCGGAGGAAAAAACAGAAGAAUGUUUGUCAAACUCCUGCUGAUGGACAUGGAAGUCCAGCAAGAUGUGGAGGGCGUGAAAACCCGAUUGGAGAUAACUUGCAGCUGCAACACAGGGACGGUCCAAACUUGACUCAAAACCAAAAGAGGAAAAUGAAAAAGAAGCGGCGGAAAGAAAAAAUGAGAGCAGCUGGCUUACUAGGAAAACCCGUUGCUACCGAAUUCACAUAUAUGCCUGAAGAAAAGAGAGAGAGAGAGUUUGAAGUUGCAGAUAAAGUAGAUGACAUACUGGAUUUUUUGCAAGCAACACAGGAAAUCUAUUUUUCUGACAAGCUAUCAAACAGUGCAGAGUCAGCUGAGAGCUCCGGAAGCAUCCAUGAGGUUUUAAAGAGUCUUGAAUCUGGCAUGUUGUCAUCAUCAGAUAUUACACGUCUUCGUCAAAUGAAAUCAUUCGUCCUUCUGCAGAAUGUGGAGGAACUAAAUAUUGCCCUGAAAGAUCUCAGCACACAUUCAGAGAUGCCUCAUGAUCAAGUCACGGCAAUCUCUUCUUUGUUUCGCUACUGGAUUACAGAUAUCCUUCCUGGAAAGGAGGACAGGAAAUGAGCCGAAUGAGAAUCUCCAUCUGUACAGAGCUAAAAUCUAAACCUCUGAAUUAAAUCUGAGAAUAUUUGGGGAGAAAUAUGUCUUUGAACAGAAUACAGGUUCACAGAGACACUAUUAAUUCUUUUCUUUUAUUUUUUGGAUGGGGUUUUGUUUGUUUGUUUGUUUGUUUGUUUGUGACUGGCUGAAUCUGCAAGGGCCUUUCAUCUUUAGUGCACCCAGAGAUCUCAGACAAUGGCCUCAGGGAAGUCCAUCUCACUUUUUCUUUCAAGAAAUUUGGAGUGGCCACCUUACAAGCCAGCAAGUUCCAGCAUUGAUUUAAGAUGUUGGCUAACAACAUGGACCGCAAGAGCUGUGACUUGGACUAGAGAAGCCUGAUGUUCUUUUUCUCAGCUUAAUUCACUUUGAACAAAGCUCAGAAACUCUUUUGAUUGAUCGGUCCACGGGCAAGCUGAGAAACUUCGGAGACCAAUUUACAGGCAGCAGAGAGAAACAUACUGUCUGGUGUGCAAAGACAGGAAAACUUGAGAAGAUUGGCUUUCCCCAUCAUAUCUCUGCUGUUGUUUUUUUAAAUACUCACUGUAGGAGCAGAAUAAAAGGUGAAUCUUU